AUGGUGGAGAAGAAUGUUGUUCCUGAUAUUAGGAGCUACAAUGCUAAGUUGCUGGGAUUGGCUUUGGAGAAGAGGAGUGAAGAAGGGGCUCAAUUACUUCAAUGCCGUGAUAAGGGAUUUGUGAAUGAGGGGAACUUGGAUGAAGCUAAGCGGUGGUAUGGUGAAAUAGAGAAGAGUAGUUGUGCUCUGGAUAAAUGGACUUUUGAGACGCUUGUUCUCUUCGUUUGUGAGAUGGGUGAUGUGGAGUAUGCUUUUGAGCUCUGCAAGGACAUUUUCCAAAGGCGCCGCCUUGUGGGUGCAGCAUUGUUGCAGCCUGUGGUGGAUGGUCUGGUCAAGGCCUCCAUGAUUGAGGAGGCAAAUGAACUAGUCAACCUUAGGAACACUAAUUCCUAA